GCGCUCGAUUCGCUCGCGCCAUUCAAACUGUUUUUUUUGGUAAACCUAACUAGCCUAGGUACUUUCUAACUACAAAGUACAUUUUUAUAUUGUUUCUAACUUACCUAUAAUUUCUAUUCCUCCUAGCUAUCUGUAGUUAGCUCUUCAAAAAAAAAAACCAGAUUUUUUUCAUUAGUUCGACAAUAGGAAAAUAAAACAGGAAAGAAAACAGACAAAACGAAUCACAUAUAGGUAUUUUGGACAAAAUGAUGGGUCAAUACGAUGAAAAUUUACUCCCCGAUAUGCUACCCAUUUACUAUACGAGACAUUUUCCUCAAAACGUUUUCUGCAGAUGGCUAGCGUGUGGUAGCAGCCCUCAACCACUUUCUAAUAGAGAGUUAUCUUUCACAUUAGCAGAUGAUGUAUAUCUUAGAUAUUUGUCUAUAAGUAAUCAGAAAGAAUUCCUUACAUUGUUACAAAAGAAAUGUCCUUAUAAAUUAGAUGUUGGUGCAGUUUAUAAUACUAAACCCUCUAUUGGUAGACAUGAUGCAGUAGUAUUGGCUAGAGAAUUAGUAUUUGAUAUAGAUUUAACUGAUUAUGAUGAAGUUAGAACAUGCUGUCAACAAGCAAAGGUUUGUGAAAAAUGUUGGAAGUUUAUGAUCAUUGCCUGCAAAGUUAUUGAUAAUGCAUUAAAAGAAGAUUUUGGUUUUCAAAAUAUCCUAUGGGUAUUUUCUGGACGUCGAGGUAUCCAUUGCUGGGUUUCUGACUAUGAAGCUAGAACAUUAGAUAGCCCUGGAAGAGGUGCAAUAGCAGAUUAUCUUUGUCUCAUAACAGGAGGAGAAAACCAAAGUAAAAAGGUUCAUUUGGGAAGUGAUAAUUUACAUUCUAGUAUCAGACGAGCCCUUAAUAUCAUAGAUAAGCAUUUUGUACAAAUUGUACAAGAACAGGAUUUUUUUGCUACAACAGAAGGUCUGAAGGCAUUUCUGAAAUUAAUACCAGAUGAAACACUGAAGGUGCAAGUGGCUAAAAGACUGGAAAAAAUUCCUGAAUCAUCUUUAGAAAGAUGGAAUGAUUUCAUCAGUACUUAUGAAAGUUACUGCAGAGAAAAUGCAAGCAGCACACGAAAGCUAAGAUAUUUGAUAGAAGAAUUGAAAAUUCAAUAUUGUUAUCCUAGACUUGAUGUGAAUGUAACUAAAGGAUUUAAUCAUUUAUUGAAAUCACCAUUUAGUAUCCAUCCGAAAACUGGAAAAGUAUGUGUUGUAUUCAAACCAAAUGAAGCAAAACAUAUGAAAUUGGACGAAAUUCCUACAAUAUACACAUUGCUUGAUGAUAAUUCUUCAGAAAGUGAGCUUCACCGUAAGAACAUGAUCAAGGCUGUCAAGAAUUUUCAAGAGGUUGUAUUUUCUUUGGAAAAAGCUGAAGCAUUACGGAGAAGAAAUGAUGCUAAUGUGUCUUUGGAGUUUUAAAUGCAAGCAGUUGAUGUGUGAUCAUAAUAUAUACUAUGAACACCUAUAUCUCUGGAGUCAAUAAAAAUACUAAUGAAAUUAAACAAAGAAAUAAAA